CUCUGCCGCUGCGCUCUCCCUGCCCCACCAGUCCCACCAUGAAGCCCCUUCACCAACGCCUCAACUUGUACACGAACGGCAAUGAGACGUACACAUUUGUGCCUGCGGAACCGGUCGGCGCUCGCUCGCUAACCAUCUACCGCAAUUCGGGCGAUAUUAUCCUCAAUGCGCCGAAUACGCCGCUCCCCGUCACCGCUGAACGGUCGGGAAAGACAAUAUAUGGCAUCUACGGCACAAUCUCUCUAGCCCUCUCGGAGUACGUGAUAGUGGUGACGGGCAGGGAGCUGCGCGGCCGGCUGAUGGGUCAGAACAUCUAUCGUGCUACCGACUACGACAUUCUCCCUCUGAAUCCCGAUAUCUCUGUCACGAAUCCCCCACACCCCGUUGAGGCACACUUACUCGCACUCGUGCGCUCGCAUUUGGCCGGCGGCUCGUUCUUCUUUAGCUAUGCAUGGGACCUCACGAGGAGACUGCAAGCGCAGUGGACUGCACUGCAUGAAGACAAAGACAAACCGCUCUGGGAGGUUGCGGAUGACAGGUUCUUUUGGAACAAAUAUCUGCAGUCUAGAUUGAUAGACGUCACACUGGGGAAUCCAGAUCAGAAUCUCAGUCCCUACAUCCUUCCUGUGAUGUACGGAAAGACAGCCUUCGAUAUCCGGGCAGAGCGCGUCAAUGGUCAGCACAUGAGAUUCUGCUUAAUCAGUCGUCGCUCCCGGUACAGAGCCGGUACUCGCUACUUUAGGCGUGGGGUCGAUCAUGAAGGACAUGUCGCCAACUUCAACGAAACAGAGCAGAUCCUUCUUGUGGGCCCUGACGACACAAGCGUGCAGCUGAGCUUUGUGCAAACCCGCGGCAGUGUCCCUGUCUUCUGGGCAGAAAUCAACACACUGCGGUAUAAGCCUGACUUGCAGGUCAUGGAUCUUCAGGAGACGGUCGAUGCAACAAGAAAGCAUUUCGAGGAAAACCUGUCCACAUAUGGUGAACAGAGCUUGGUCAACCUUGUGAAUCAGAAAGGACACGAGCAGCCAGUAAAAGAGGCGUACGAACGUUAUGUCUCCCAGCUGGACAUGCCCGGCGUGCGGUACGAGUACUUUGACUUCCACAAUGAGUGCAAGCAUAUGCAAUGGGACCGCAUCGAUGUACUGCUGUCGAGGCUAGAAGAGGAUCUUAACAGAUACGGCUACUUCCACCUCGACGCAUCGAAGCCGGAGCCUCUUAGAGUGCAAUCAGGCGCUGUACGGACAAACUGUAUGGACAACCUCGAUCGCACGAACGUUGGACAGUCCGCCAUCGCCAAAUGGAUGCUGAACCGGCAACUGAAGACGCUCGGCAUCCUCCACGAGAGCGAUGGGAUCGACCGCUAUGAGGAUUUCAUGAAGGACUUCCGGGAGAUGUGGACCGACCAUGCCAACAUGAUCUCAAUAGCAUAUAGCGGUACUGGUGCGCUGAAGACUGAUUUCACGCGCACCGGAGAGCGUACGCGAAAGGGUCUGCUUGAAGACGGAUACAAUUCUGUGAUGCGAUAUCUGAAGAACAACUUCUUCGACGGAGCGCGGCAGGACGCCUUUGACUUGAUGACUGGUGUGUUCAUCCCUCGAAGAGGAUGGGCACCAACCACGUUGAUCAGAGACAACCGACCUCUCAUUAUCCGUGCCGUCCCACAUGUUUUGUGGUUCUCAUUGUUCAUGAUAUUUGCUGGGCUGACACUACCGCGUUCAUCCGACUACUCCCUGACCUUCUACUUCCUCCUCUGGUUCACCGUUGCCACAUUAUCACUCAUCUUCAUAUUCGCGCACGGCGUCGAAUACGUUAGCUGGCCACGCCUCGUGCCUCUCACAGACAUCAUCUACUAUAGCGGCCCCGGCUUCCGGUCCGGCAACAGGGGCAAAGGCUUUGGCAUACCCGCGCUGCAGAUCGACAAGCUCAAGGAGGGCGCUGGAGCUCGAGCGCGCAGACUGGCCGAGGGUCACCGGCGCGUCAAGAGCAAGCUCGUGGAGGUCGAGAUGGGGACGAAGGAGAGGAUGGACUAACAUGAGAGGACGAUGGUGCUCGACAUGCCUUCCUCCCCUCAUUGUGUAUGCGUUUCUCGCUUACGAGCUAUUUAAUUUAUGUGG